UUCUGGAUCAAAUGUGAUACCCUGCCUUUAAUGUGGAGGCGUUAUUGACAAGCCCCUCAUAUUUAAAGCAAGAAGAGCGUCCUCUGUCUGGAUCAGUUGUGUGGUUUUAGUUUUGCUGAUCUUACAUUGACAGUCAACUACUCUUGCAGUAAAAUGGUGUCUGUGUUAAUGGCGUACAUCAGUGUCCUUCUGCUGCUUCAGUCCGGCCCACAACUACUGUAUGGAGAUGAAUCUCAAAACUGUGGACCUAAAGGAGAGAAGGGAGAUCGAGGAGCGCAGGGACUACCAGGUCUUCCAGGAUCCAAAGGAGACAGAGGAGACACAGGGCUUCUUUCUGCAAAUGUGGACAUGAUUCCCACUGGACCUAAAGGAGAGAAGGGGGAUCCAGGCUUUCCUGGCAUUCCUGGUCCAACUGGUAGGCCUGGCUUUCCUGGCAUACCUGGAUUUCCUGGCUUGAAGGGGGAUCCAGGGAGUCCUGGAGGUGACGUCACGUCCCUACAAUCUCAGAUUCAUGAUUUAACUGCUAAGUUUGCCAUGAUGGAGAAAGCUGCAAGUUUUGGUACAUUCAGAAAAGUCGGGCAGAAAUAUUUUGUUUAUGAUGGGAUUGUGAAAACAUUUGAUGAGGGGAUUCAAGUCUGCAAGGAAGUUGGUGGAACAAUUGCUUUAGCAAGAAAUGCUGUUGAAAAUCAAGCUUUACAUAAAGUAGUGAUAGCCAGUGGUUUAAGUAAAAAGCCAUUCAUUGGAGUCACAGACAGAGAUAAAGAAGGACAGUUUGUGGACAUUGAUGGUAAACUCUUGACUUUUACCAACUGGGCUUCUGGUCAACCUGAUAAUUAUAAGGAAACACAACACUGUGGUGCUCUCAUAGUGGAGUCUGGACUUUGGGAUGAUGCCAGUUGUAAUCAGCCACGUCCUAUUAUGUGUGAAAUACAAUACAAAUAGUAUAUAAAGGGAAGGUUUCCUGGACAAGGCUUAUCCUAGUCCCAGACUAAAAUGCAUGUUUGAGCUGCCUUAAUUUAAAAACACCUUGUACUGACACAUCUUAACAUACAUCAGUGCUCUUGUUUUGUCUCAAGAUGCACACCUGUAAUGUUUUUUUGUAUGUAAAAAGUAUGUUUGUUAAAACAACUUAAAUAUCCUAAUAUAACUAAGGCCUAGUCCUGAAUUCAUCUAAACCCUGUCCAGGAAACUGCCUCAUAAUCUGUUUGAACACAGAUAUAAAUAUUAUUUGUUAACUUUAAAAUUAAUAUUCUUUCAACAAAAGUAACAACAACAUGCAAUGAGUAGUUUAACAAAUCAUUUUUAUCAAUAGUGUUACAUAUUAAAAAACAAAAUAAAAUGAAGUACAGUAUAUCACCAAAAAUACGAGAUAUUUGAUGUUUGAAUAUCUGUGCUAAAAGCAUCUGAAGACAGCUGAACCUCAACAAAUUGAUAAAAUAGCUUUUACACUGCCACAAAACUAAAACAUCUGCUAUAUAUCAUCCAAUGUUAUGUCUCUCAUUUCUGAAGUCCAGGAACAGAAUAAAUCAAGAAUAAUCAUUUCAGUGAAUCUGUGAUUUUGCUGACUUUUAUGCAUCAGAUAUUGGCUGUCAUAUGGGCUCCUACAUUAAACCGGUAUGUCAUUGAGAAUAAAUGUGAUAAAUAACUGGCAUCCCAAAUUCAGAAGAGACUUACAUAUAGAAAAAAUAUGAACAUCCAGUCUAACUGAAUCACUGUGAAGAAAUUGCAUAGUGAUGUAUACUUUAUUCUGUAAAAUGUAUUCAUUUAAAUAAAUGACUCCUCAUCUAAGAGGUAACUAAAUGUG